AUGCUAGCUUAUAUAUUGAAGCCACAUUUUGUGAACAGGUGGAUAUGGAGCGAGUUGGAUCCUCGAUACGUAUCAGAUUUAGACAUCAAUUGGCAUGAUAUUUUAAGAGCACUGGAGCAGUUACCUGAAGAUAAUAAGAUUCGACGAGUAGGACUUCUCAAUUUUGAUAAGAGCGAAAUCCAUCAAUGGAAACAGCUUAUUCCCACGGCUAAUCACGAAGUUCUACACCUGGAUUAUGCCCAGAAAAACAUUACUUGGGAUUCCUUGUAUCCUGAAUGGAUUGAUGAAGAACAGGAUGACAUAGUUCCUAGUUGCCCUCGUCUAUCUAACCUUAAAGUCCCAAGACAUCGCCCUGAUCUUGUUUCUGUCAAACUCCCUUGUCGUAAUAAAGUGAAUUGGUCGAAAGAUAUUGCUCGACUACACUUGCAGAUAUCAGUGGCUGGUUUAGCUGCCUCUUGCAAAGGUAGAUACCCUGUUCAUCUUUUUUUAAUUACAAAGUGCCCACCGAUACCAAACUUGUUCACGUGCAAGGAUCGAGUUGUUCGUGUUGGCAACAUGUGGUUAUAUAAACCGAACAUGGAUGUGCUUAGAAAAAAGCUUCAGCUUCCAAUAGGAUCAUGUGAACUUGCACUUCCCCUUGGAGCCAAAGCACAGGAUUACACCAGAAACAGGCAACGAGAGGCUUACGCUACCGUCCUGCACUCGGCCAACGUCUAUGUGUGUGGAGCCAUAGCUGCAGCCCAGAGCAUCCGCAUGGCUGGAUCCACCAGGGAUCUCAUUAUCCUUGUCGAUGACACAAUCAGCGAAUACCACAAAAGUGGACUCGAAUUAGCAGGCUGGAAAAUCCGAAUAAUACAAAGAAUCAGAAAUCCUAAGGCCGAAAAAGAUGCCUACAACGAAUGGAACUACAGCAAGUUCAGAUUAUGGCAACUUACAGAUUAUGACAAAAUAAUCUUCAUCGAUUCCGAUCUGCUUAUUCUCAAAAACAUCGAUUUCUUGUUUUCGAUGCCAGAAAUCUCUGCAACGGGGAACCAUGGAACACUUUUCAAUUCUGGAGUAAUGGUGAUUGAGCCAUCGAAUUGCACAUUCCAGUUUUUGAUGGAUAAUAUUAAUGAAAUUGAAUCAUAUAAUGGUGGAGAUCAGGGAUACCUGAAUGAGGUUUUCACAUGGUGGCAUAGAUUUCCUAGGUAUAUGAAUUUCUUGAAGAAUUUUUGGGUUGGGGACGAUGAAGAAGUAAAGCAGAAGAAAAUUCGGCUUUUCACAGCAGAACCACCGGUUAUUUACGUUCUUCAUUAUUUGGGUAACAAGCCAUGGAUGUGCUUUCGUGACUACGACUGCAACUGGAACACAGAUUUCCUACAAGAAUUUGCAAGCGACAUAGCCCACAAGAAGUGGUGGAAACUUCACGACUCCAUGCCAGAAACACUCCAACAGUUUUGUCUAUUGCGAUCAAAACAAAAGGCUCAGUUGGAAUGGGACAGAAGGCAGGCUCAAAAGGCAAACUAUUCUGAUGGGCAUUGGAGAAUCGAAAUAAAAGAUGAACGCAUUGACAAGUGCAUUGAUCCUCCGCAUAAUUGCAACUGGCGAGGCAUGUUGAAUCAUUGGGGGGAGACGCAACCGGCAAACAGUGCAAUGCCUAUUCCCACUCCACCUGCAAUAAAUAUAAGCUCUUUGGGAUUAUAA